GACAACCAUAUUAUCAAAGACAAUAGCCAGCUUUCUUCUAAACUGAAAUAUGUCUCACAUAGCCGUGGAGAGAAACAGAAGAAGACAGAUGAACGAACAUCUCAAAGUCCUUCGUUCUUUGACCCCUUGUUUUUACAUCAAAAGGGGAGAUCAAGCAUCAAUAAUAGGGGGUGUGAUUGAAUUUAUCAAGGAGAUGCACCAGGUUCUUCAGUCCUUGGAGUCAAAGAAACGAAGAAAGAGUUUAAGCCCUAGCCCCGGACCAAGCCCUAGACCAUUUCAACGGCCGCUAACUCCUAAUUGUCUUGAUAGCCCUAAUUUGGGAUCAGAAAAUUUUAAGGAGCUUGGGGCAAGCUGCAACUCCCCGGCCGCCGAUGUCGAGGCUAAGAUCUCCGGAUCAAACGUGGUGUUGAAAGUAAUUUCACGACGAAUACCAGGUCAAAUCGCGAAGAUAAUUAGCGUGUUGGAGAGGCUUUCGUUUGAGGUCCUUCAUCUCAAUAUAAGUAGCAUGGAAGAUACUGUUUUGUACUCGUUUGUCAUCAAGAUUGGGUUGGAAUGCCAACUGAGCAUGGAGGAACUGGUGCUUGAAGUUCAACAGAGUAUCCGUUCAGACAAUCUUUAUGCAGAAUAGUUUGCUGAUCAAGCUUUAAAGUCAACAUA